UUGAUACCACAGAUGUUGGUUUGAAGGAGGGCGGUUCCAAUGCUGUUUGUCCCACCUCAACACCACUCCCAUUGGUAAGCUUGUCUGCCACAGCCCCAGUCGGCAAUUGCCCAGCCGUCAAUCUCGGUGUAAACCCAGGAACCGGGUGUCAAUCAGCAUUGCAGAAUCGCCGAAGAUUCAGCAGUACUGCAGAGCAGCCUCAGACCAUCUAUAAAUCCCUCAGCAAAAGUUUAGCCAACAGUUAGAGUCUAACUUGAAAGCACCAGAGUUACAGAGAUGUCAGAUCCAACUUACUGGCUGCAAAGCACCAAGAAACUAUGUCAGGUGGUGAUUGAAAACCGUGAGCAACGAAUUCCAGUACCCGUCAAGGAAGAGGUGACAACCACUUACCCUGAACUUCACGACCUGAUGGAAUCUAUCCACAUGCAUCACCUACAAGAAGAUGAUGUAAUUUUGAUCAAAGGCUUACAGCAGCAUUCUGAGACCGCGGCAGAUGAGUUACAGAGUUCAUCGGAAGGAGUGAUGUGUCUCUCACCUUCUACCCACUCCAGCGGCAGCUCUAUGUUCACCAGCCUCAGGAAAUAUUCCAUGGGAUUCCAGCACGCAAUCCAUGCCAUUACCAAAAAUGUUGCUGACAUCAGCAUUCAGAGUACCCCUAAACCUGAAUGCAUUCCCACCACUGGUGUUUCUCCUCCUGAUAUCUUAUAUACUCAAGAAAUAAACCUGCCCCCUCCAGAAGAUGAACCUUGUCUUCAUGAUGUUCCAGAUCUUGCUGUUGAUGUUCCACCCCGUCUGACGUCAGAGCUGCAGUACCAUCAGCAUUCACUUCAAAGUGUCUCUGGAUCUGUACAGCCUGCAACAGAUUAUCCUCCAGAGGGCAUUCAUUCAUCAUGUGAUGCAACAGACAUGGAUGUAGAAACACCUCAGCAGCUUCUUCACCCCAUUGGAUCACAAUUCCUGGAGAAGUUAUCCACUUUUGCAGGGUGGUUGUCGAAUGAGAUACUCAGUGCAGAAAACAAGGAUAGUGUACAUCAGGGAAGUGAUCCUACUUUUUUACAUCUGAAGCAGCUGGAGAUCGGGACCUCCAGUGAAGGCCAAUCUUCUUCAGAGAUGUUUUCUCAUGAUAUUAUCCCAGACUCCCAUCUGAAUCAAACUUUUGCAAAUGCUGAAGAGUCUCUUAUGUCAUCACAAGAUGAGUUAAUGGCAAGCAAAUCAACAGAAUGGGAAAGGAACCAUGAAGUAUCAGAAUGUGGGAGUGAAAAUGUCUCUGUGCGUGACAUAGCCAAUAUGGCAAGCAAAGAGGCUUCCAAUAUAAUUCAGAUGUCCUUUCAAGAGAUUGGGUAUGGAAGGGAAACGCCUCUUGUUGACUAUGUAUCAAAUACAACAAACACCAGCUCUUCAGAGAAACCAUUUGCUAUAAUGCAUCCUGUCAUAGAGAAUUUUGCACUGGGACUGACCCAGGACAUAAUUUCUGACAGCACCAAGAGAGUAAGCUCAGAAUGGAAGGUGAUAAGUCGCUACGGAGAGGCACUUGAAGGGGAAAGCAAGAAUUCACACCUUGCUCACUUGGAACAAGAUACACCUCUGGACCUCUCGGAGAUGCAGUGGUCACCAUCUCACAUUGGUACACAUGAACAUAAUCAUCUUGCAAGAACCGCACCAAGGUCAUUGUGUGCAGAGUUAUUAGCCAGUGAACAGGUUGAAGGUUUAACUAAAGGAACACAAUGGUCUUUUGUUGAAACACUUUCAGAAAGAGAGAGGCAUUUAUCAGCAUCACACAAAGAGCAAGCUGAUGAUCAGGAUGAUGAGAAUCUAGUGUAUGAUAAAUUUGGGCUGACCAAGGAGGGGUCCUUGGACUACCCAAAUGCACCACCGCCAACACCACUGAAACCACAGCUUGUGGGCAGUCAGAGGAGUUUUACUAGAAAGCUCAAGGGAGGACUGGCCAAAGAAUUCCUUCCUUCACCCCCUCCACCGACCCCAAAGGAAACCAUCAAUUUUUGCCUGUCUAGUGAAGGGAGUGAGGAAAAGGCGGAAUUUAUGAGAAAGUUGCUACGAUCCCUGUCUCAAGAGUUUAGAGCAGGGACUUCUGAGGUGCCAGAAGAUGAGAAGCUACAAAAUGUGCCACAGGAAUGUCCAUCCUCGGCAGGUGAAGUAACAGAAGGUUUGCGCACAGAUGAGAAAAAAGUUCAAGACUAUUUCAGUGAUUUGGUGUCGAGUAUUGUCUUUUCAGCUGCACAGGUUAUUUGUGGUAUUACAAGAGAACCAAUUGAUCCUAAAGGACAUAAUGAGCAGAGAUGUCACGAUGUUGCGUUUAGCAGUGAUUGCCAGAUGAACUGUCAGAACUGGGAAAAGCCAAACCCACAUCCUUCUGAUGGAGUCCUUUUGGAAACGGAAAAGAUUCCAAGCGGAAACAAUGGGCAUAAACACAGAACCAGUUUUCCUCUCCUAACAGAAAGCAAAUUCUGUGAAUAUACCGACAGACUAACACAGGAAAUCAUCAGUUCUGUCUUCAGUUUUCUGAAUCAAAUUGAAUCACUUGAAUAUGGAGAACAUGAAGGGGAGAGAAAAGGAAAUGGACACAAAGAUUGUAGGCAUUCAUGUUACAUCAGGCAGUUAAAUUCCAUGUCUGAAGACUUGGGAAAAAGAGUGGUGCAGUCUGCUCUCCAAGUGUAUAAAACCCAGUAUCAGUUGCAGCCAGCCAGCACUGUGAAUCUAUUGCAGUAUAAAGUACAUCCUGUGCCUGCAACAGAACUACUUCAGAACACGGAUACUGCAACCAGCAAUGUUGAGGAGAUUUUUCUCACUGGUGACAAUGAAGAGCAGCAGUUUAUCAGACCAUCAUUAGAAACAAUGAAACCCGCGGCACACAGCCAAGCUGUGGUUUUGGACAUUGAUCCUGAGUGUAAACAAAUGGCAAAAACUCAAGGGUCUAGAAAUGGCAUCAGAAACAUUGCAAGCCCCCAUGAAGAAACAUAUGAUAAAGGUGGCAACUACGCAAGUUUUUUCAGUCCAUGCCCGUACAAGCAGCCAGUUGUAAAGGGGAAGGCUGAGGAACUCGCUGGAGGGAAUACAAGGAAUUUUGUUCAUGCAGGAACAAAAGUGGGCUUGCAUGAGCAAACAAAGGAAGAGUCACGUCAACAUAAAGACCUGGAUGCAUUUCCAGACCUUGACUCCGAGCCCAUUAUUAAUGAUGAAAAAAAAUCUUCCAUCUUGAAAUUGUCUGAGGUGAUAAUGAAGGAUCCAGACCACAAAAAGCUACACAAAACAUAUGCUGAAAGUUUAGCAGAGAUUAUACUGAAUUCAUCCUUGACUGAAGUUUAUAGGCAAUGCAGUUCUGGACAAGAGGCACUGCCACAUUUCCUAAAAACUGAAGAAUCGCAUAGAAAUGCUCUUUCAGUUUCCAGCAGCUCAGGAGAAGAUAGCCUUGAGGUCCAACAGAAAAUACAGACAGAACAAUCAUGCAAGGGCAAGGAAGAACUUGUUCCCUUCAUUCUGAACACUAAAUUUCAAGGACUCAACAUAAUUGAAUAUCCAGGUGACUCAUCAACGGAACAACCACAAGAGAAUGCAAAUGAGUCAAUCGUUGCUUUAAAGCAGUGCAGUAAAAAAGUAGAAGGCUUUGAAGAAAUGGAAUACUGCAACCUCUUGGCUCCAAAGACAAUUGAACUUUUUUUGGUGAACUUUAACUCAGCAUCCACCACUGUUGAUGCCCAGAUACAAGCAAUGCUGCAAUGGGCAACCGCUUCUCAGCUCAACGUCUCCAAGAUUCAUAUAAAUAAUUCAAGUGAGGACUUUGUACAGUUCCCCACUCUGUUUACUCUAGCUGAAGAAGAGGAAUGGACAGUGGGAGACCUCCUCUGUGCUGUGCUAACUUUCUAUGAAAGUAACCAGGCAACAGCCGGCCGGACACUCUUUGAUCACCUCCUUGAUCCAUUGCAUUGUAUCCAGGCUGACUGGCCCGAUAGUUAAAGCUUGGUUGUUAGUGAGAAAAUGAUGCACAAUUGCCUUUGGCGGUAUUUUUUCUAAAGUAGGAUGCAGUGAGUUUUCAACAUUCAUGUGGCCGAAUUUGAAGUCAGAAGGCAUAAAGUGGAAAUAAUCUAUGUCUUUCAUUCCUUCCCAAUCUUCUGAUCAACAUGUUAUACUGAAAGAGAGUGUAAUAUUUUUUAUAACGGUUUAAAUUAUUAUGGUGUAAUCAGUUUAUGGAUGUGAUCAGAUCCAAGACCAACUCUACCAGAUGCUAUUCUGUAGCAAGAGAUGGGGAGGUCUGAGAGCAGAUCAAGUGCCACUGUUCCUUAUCUGAUCAUUUCCUCAGCCCUCAUCAUCCAAUCAACUCCUCACUACCUCUCAACCAAACCACUUCACUUCACCCCAUCAUCUUCUCCUUCCAUUGCUUCCACUACCAACCCCACACCACUAUCCCACCACACCAUGGCCAUUGCUUCCACUACCAACCCCACACCACUAUCCCACCACACCAUGGCCAGCUCUCGUCUAAACUGUAAAGCAUUUUUUCUUGGAUCUUCACUCUUUACAAUGGAAGGAUGUUGCCGAGUGAAUAAAUUUAUCGACAAUUGCCCAUAUGCUUUUAAAUUCCUAUUGCUGAUAUUUAUGUUUUCUAUAGAAUACAGGACAGGAAGGGACUAUUCCCAAUGCCAUGUCCAUGCCAGCUCCUGCAGGAGCAAACCUCAAGUCCUAUUCCUGUUUUUUUCCCUACAGCCUUACAACUAUUAUCUCUAAAUGCUUAUCCAGUUCCCUUUUAAAGGCACGGACUGAAUCUAGAACUCGUACAGUGGGUUCUAGAUUCUCACCUCUUUCUGAGCGGAAAAUAAAUCCUCAUAUCCUCCUGGUAUCUUCUGCUCAAAAAUGUAAAUCUUUGCCCAAUGGUAUUGGAAACUGCUUCACUCUGUUUACCACGUCCAAGCCACUCAUAUGUGAUAGUGUGCCCGUAUCAAAUCUCGCCUCAAUCUCCUGUGAUCCAAGGAGAACAACCCCAAUUCUUCAUUGUAACCUUUCCAUUACUGAUCUUAUAAUCUUCAUUCUCAAAACCUUUCUAAUAUAUAUUUUCUGCAUCCUCUAGGACCUUCAUAUACUUUCUAAAGUGUGGCAACCAGAAUUGAACACAAUGCUCUAUUUGUGAUCUGAUUUAUAUUUUGUGCAGGUUCAGUGUCACUUCACUGCUUAUGUUCACGAUGCCUUUAUGAAACCAAAGGUCUGAAGAAGGGACCCCACCCAAAACAUCAUCUAUCCAUUUUCUCCAGAGGUGCUGCCUGACCGACUGAUUUAUUCCAGCAUUUUGUGUCUAUCUAGUAUACUCCACUAGCUACUUGCCUCCACAUGGAUUUCAAGGAUUCAGAAAUUUGUAUAUCCAAAUUGUUCUUCCUAUGCAUAAUUGAGAAUUUUAAAGUUUUACAUUUUAAAUUCUACAUGUUGCGUAUAUUAUACCCCUAUUAUUUAUGCAUUCAUCCCUCUCUGAAUUGAUUUUAAUAUGCCACUUGUUUGGCCCUUCACUCAUCCAUUUGUGUUUUCUUCUAGACUUUACUGCUCUGCUCACUGUAUACUGCACUUCCAAGAUUUGAAUCCUUAAGUUUGCAAUAUUUACUCUGCACAUUCAUGUUUCUGUCAUCAACGUCUCGAAAUGAGAGGUGAGAGAAAUGAUCCCUAGAGAACACCACCAAACACAAUGAAUUGGUUGUCUAUCACUUUUAACUCUUGGCAAUCUUGUUGCAGUUGUUAAUUCAUGGAGGGAUGUUCUGAUAGCAGUGGAUAUGUAUAGCUCUUUCAGGAUUAGGCAUAAUACAAGUGCAAAAUAUAUGUUUCAUUGGAUCUGGAAGAUUAACCUAUUGACUGUGCUUUGGUAUCCACCUUGAAGAGAUCUUGUCCAGGUUAAUGGUAAAUGCAACUUUUGCCUUCAUACCAUUUGAUUUUGGAAACAAAUUAUUCAAUCACUCAACAAAGCUCCCUCCAGUGAAUAAGUGCAUGAAGGACAUAAACUGAUCCGAUAAAACCCUAAAUUGAACUGCAAGACUUAACCAUGUUAGUGGGAACAAGGUGUUACAUUCACCCCACUAUUCUUAUGUUAUGUAGGAACAAGCAUUCCUCAUUAUCUAUGACUCUCUCUCAAGAAAUCGUAAGCUCAUGAACCUCAGAUGAAGACCGGUGUCGGGAAGCUUAUUCCUAGUCAGUAGCACCAGUGUGUUAUAUUUUGCCAUUGAAGUCAAUGGAAUAAUAUUCAUAGACAGAGUACCACAUGUCGGUACUAUUAUAUCACUAUUUUUAGGCACAGAUCUUAAAUGCCUCUCAUACUCUCAUUUACAUCUGUUGUUAAUACUUUUGGAACUGUGCCUUGCUUUAUGUUAACGUUUUAGCAGAGGGGAUAAAAUUGAACAGGAAAAUCCAUUUAUCUGAAGGAGGCUUAGUACUGGGAUCGCUGAAGAGGCAACAUGCUCUGGAUGUUGGUUUAAUCUGCAAAUGGAAGAAUUAAAUGUUUCCACAUUAUUUUGGAAUAGCAACAAAAAUCCUCUGCUCAUGGACUUUUUCAGUGGUGGCCACAUAAGAUGUGAUGAAACUUUUAAGGAAUAUUCAUAUAAGGCUGUACCCACUUGACUAUAAGAAAACCAGGGAUCUUGGGCCAGAAGGUUUAAUGAAAGCUCUAAACUGCAAGGCAAUCUGUUCCAUACCACAUUAAAUGUGCUAUGUGGGGGUUCUCCUUUUCAGUCAAAUCUUCCCUACAUUAAAGUUCUGAGCUAUUCAGUGAAGAGCCUGACAUGUUCCAGUGUUGUGAAUUGGUGUUUAUUUCAUCUCUGGGUGGGCAGGGAACAAUCAGUUUGGAAUCCUGUCAGAUCGAGCAUAGAAUUGUCCAGCCAGAUUUUAAAAUGUGGCUGGGAACCAGAGGGAGACUGGAUUCUGUACAACGGUUUUGUUUAUUUUGGAUUUACCUUGGUUUGUUCUGCAUAUUUCCACGUCUCAAUAAUAUUUGUUUUAGUUGAAGCCUUGCAUGUGCAUUUCUGCUGUAAAGUUAAAGCAGUGGGAGCAUGAACACAAUCCAAUCAUUCCUUCCUUCUGUCUAAAAAAAUGCACUUUGUCUCAGAGAAAGAAUUGCUCUACCUUGAUGAAGAUUGGAGCGUCUAGUUGCUCAUUUCACGAGAUUGUAAAAUAGAGCUGUAUUUUUUUAAUACUUUUAUCUAUGAAUGCAAAAUAUUUUCCAACAUAAUGUAUUAAAAGUUUGAAAUCAUGCUCUGCAAUGUUUAAAUAAAAAGUAAAUUUAUUUUG